AUGACAAUUACUCCUUGGAAAGUCAAUACUGAAAAGAAUCAAGAAUUGGUUGAAUUUGCCAAACAAUCACUCAAUCAUGCACCCCAUGACGAUGAGAAUUACCAGCGUAUGAUAUCAGGAAUGCUGUACAAUCCAGCCGAUCAACAAUUAACCCAUGUUCGAAUGAAGGCAAGAGAUUAUUUACUAGAUUAUGGUAAAUUUCGAUAUCGCGAUUACAAUUCAGCUGAUGAAUUUGCUGAUGCUAAACAACAAUAUCUUUCCCAAUUUAUUGGUAAUGUUGGACCUGGUACGUUUAUGGAGUAUCCCAUAUUUUUCGAUUAUGGAUUCAACACUUAUUUGGGCAAGAAUUUCUAUAGUAAUUUCAAUUUGACAAUCUUGGAUUGUUCUAUAGUCAAAAUUGGUGAUAAUGUCAUGUGUGGAACAAAUGUGUCUAUCUUGACACCAGGUCACCCCGUUGAUCCCAAUUUGCGUGUUAUCGGAGGAGGCGGUGGUGGCGAUAGCGAACAAGAGCAAGAGCAAGAACAAGUUUUGGAAAAUGCAUUUCCUGUGACAAUUGGUGAUAAUUGUUGGCUUUGUGGAGGGUGUACGAUCAUUGGUGGGGUUACUAUUGGAGAAGGGUGUGUUAUUGGUGCUGGAAGUGUUGUUACUAAAGAUGUUCCCGCUAACUCGUUGGUUAUGGGUGUUCCUGCUAAAGUUGUGAAAACAAUGGAUCCGAAGGAUAAGUCUGUCGACAUAAGACAGUUGAUGAAGGAGUAUAAGGUUGAAGAGUAUGAAACUGUAUCGUACAACAUCAAUUGA